AUGACUUCUCUUCUUCUUCAACCUCUUCCCGCGCUCUCUUCCUCUGUUUUCCUCCAAAAUUCUGGCUAUGUCCCUUCUCCGACCUCUGUAAAAACCAAAAGAAUUCUUCAAUCAAGACCCCUCACUACUACGUUACUUGCCCUUACUGAAUCACCUGACUCUUCCCAAUCCCCUCAAUCCCUCCUCCUCCUCCAGCUCUCUGAUUGCUUUGAUCUUCCGUCGGAGUAUUUUGAGCAAUUACCUCGUGAUCUUCGAUUAGAUUUAAAUGAUGCAGCUUUCGAUCUUUCAAAUGGACCAGUCAUUGAUGAGUGUGGUCAAGAGCUGGGAGAACUCCUGUUAAAUCUCUCUCGAGCAUGGGAAUUAGCUGACACAUCAACUUCCCGUGCUUUAGCUAGCAAGCUCCCUAUGCUGGAGGGUACUUUGACAAAUAAGGCCAAGGCAGGCAAGAAUUGA